CGCGCCGCGCUCGCGGGCCCGAGGCCGCCGUUGUUCGCGCUCCCCGCAGCGCCCGAAGGCCGCGGCCCCGCCGGGACCCCCAUGUGAGCGGCGGGCGGCGCGGGGGGGCCGGCGCACCGCGACCCGCCGGGGCCACGGGGGAAGAUGACAUCGCGGAGAUGGUUUCAUCCAAACAUCACUGGGGUGGAGGCAGAAAACCUGCUGUUAACAAGAGGAGUCGAUGGCAGCUUCUUGGCACGGCCCAGCAAAAGUAACCCAGGAGACUUCACACUCUCUGUUAGACGAACUGGAGCUGUGACCCACAUCAAGAUCCAGAACACAGGUGACUACUAUGACCUCUAUGGGGGAGAGAAGUUUGCCACGCUGGCUGAGCUGGUGCAGUACUACAUGGAACACCAUGGGCAGCUCAAGGAAAAGAAUGGAGAUGUCAUAGAGCUGAAAUAUCCCCUCAACUGUGCUGAUCCCACCUCAGAAAGGUGGUUUCACGGGCAUCUCUCUGGGAGAGAAGCUGAGAAACUCUUGACAGAGAAAGGAAAACAUGGCAGCUUCCUGGUGAGGGAGAGCCAGAGCCACCCUGGGGACUUUGUCCUUUCUGUGAGGACGGGGGAUGACAAAGGAGAGAGCAACGAUGGCAAAUCCAAAGUGACACACGUCAUGAUCCACUGCCAGGAUCUCAAAUAUGAUGUUGGUGGAGGGGAGAAGUUUGACUCUCUGACAGAUCUGGUGGAGCAUUACAAGAAGAACCCCAUGGUGGAGACUUUGGGCACUGUGUUGCAACUCAAACAGCCCCUGAACACCACCCGGAUCAACGCUGCCGAGAUCGAGAGCCGAGUCAGGGAGCUCAGCAAACUGGCAGAGACCACGGAUAAAGUCAAGCAGGGCUUCUGGGAAGAGUUUGAGACCUUGCAGCAGCAGGAGUGCAAACUCCUCUACAGCCGUAAGGAAGGGCAGCGCCAGGAAAACAAGAACAAAAAUAGAUACAAAAACAUUUUACCCUUUGAUCACACCAGAGUUGUUCUCCACGAUGGUGAUCCCAAUGAACCUGUUUCAGACUAUAUCAAUGCUAAUAUUAUUAUGCCUGAGUUUGAAACCAAGUGCAACAACUCAAAGCCAAAAAAAAGUUACAUUGCUACCCAAGGCUGCCUGCAGAACACAGUGAAUGAUUUCUGGAGGAUGGUGUUCCAGGAGAAUUCCAGAGUUAUUGUCAUGACCACGAAAGAAGUGGAAAGAGGAAAGAGUAAGUGUGUCAAGUACUGGCCAGAUGAAUAUUCCCUGAAGGAGUACGGAGUGAUGCGUGUCCGGAACGUGAAGGAGAGUGCAGCCCACGACUACACCCUGAGAGAGCUGAAACUUUCCAAAGUUGGCCAGGGGAACACGGAGAGGACAGUGUGGCAGUACCACUUCCGCACCUGGCCCGACCACGGCGUCCCCAGCGACCCCGGAGGUGUCCUGGACUUCCUGGAGGAGGUGCACCACAAGCAGGAGAGCAUCCCUGAUGCAGGACCUGUCGUGGUCCACUGCAGUGCUGGGAUUGGGCGAACAGGAACUUUCAUUGUCAUUGACAUCCUCAUUGACAUCAUCCGGGAGAAAGGGGUGGACUGUGACAUCGAUGUCCCCAAGACCAUCCAGAUGGUGAGGUCCCAGCGCUCAGGGAUGGUGCAGACAGAGGCCCAGUACAGGUUCAUCUACAUGGCAGUGCAGCACUACAUCGAGACCCUCCAGCGCAGGAUCGAGGAGGAGCAGAAGAGCAAGAGGAAAGGUCACGAGUACACAAACAUUAAAUAUUCCUUAUCGGACCAGACGAGCGGGGAUCAGAGCCCUCUCCCCCCCUGCACCCCAACCCCAACGUGUCCAGAAAUGAGAGAAGAUAGUGCUAGAGUAUAUGAAAAUGUGGGGCUGAUGCAGCAGCAGAAGAGUUUCAGAUGAGAAGAUGUUCAGAGCCUUCCAGGCCAAGGCAGACGUGAAAAUGGUUUUUAAAAACAUCAAGAAAGAGAUGGAAGAAGCUUCACGUGAGCAGUGAACUCUGAGGGCUUGGUACCUUUUUAUUUACGGUUUUAAUCCUUCAGUAGGCAAAACUUCAGAGCAUCUAAAGAUUGUUUUUAUCUCUUCUCUCCAAUUUCCAAUUGCUCAUUUUCCAAAUAAAAGGAAAUCCUUUCUACAAGGUAGACAAUUACUUUGUAGAAUCAGUUUUGAAUCCUGCAAA